AUGAGUGCGGGCGACGCCGUGUGCACGGGCUGGCUCGUCAAGUCGCCCCCCGAAAGGAAGCUGCAGCGCUACGCCUGGCGCCGGCGCUGGUUCGUGCUCCGGCGGGGCCGCAUGAGUGGCAGCCCGGACAUGCUGGAGUACUACCGCAGCAAGCACGCGAGCAAGCCCAUCCGCGCCAUCGACCUGAGCGAGUGCGCCGUCUGGAGGCACGUGGGCCCUGGCUUCCUGCGCAAGGAGUUUCAGAAUAAUUUCGUAUUCAUCGUCAAGACGACUUCACGUACCUUUUAUCUGGUGGCCAAGACCGAGGUGGAGAUGCUGGUGUGGGUGUACAGCAUCAGUCAGGUCUGCAAUCUGGGCCAGCUGGAGGAGGGUGCAGCAGAUCCAACAGAGAGCUGCUCUUGCGGGCCCCCCGCCCUCCAGCCAGCGCCAGGCAGUAGCCUUCCCAGUGGCUGCGCCCCCAGCGCCUCUGGGCUGAGAGGUGACGUAAGCACGGAUUUCGUGGCCUCUGAGGACAGCAGAAGUGAGUCAGAGUUUCUGCCCCUUCCUGACUAUCUGAUUCUGUCCAACUGUGAGACUGGACCACCGCGACAGGCCAGUCUGCCCAGCAGAUGUGACAGCUGCUCGACCUCGGAGCGCUCACUGGAGCAGGUUUCAUCCGAUGAUGUCUUCGUCGACGGCCCGCCAUCUGUGGCCCCCGCUGGCUCGGGCCGCCCCUUGCGCUGUGGGAGUGGCUCCCAGAAGGUGCCUUCCCUGCGGCCACAGGCCGCCUUGACACGGAGCAGGGACAGCACUGGGCCGGCCAGGGAUCGCUGCUCUUCGCCGCUGCCAGAAACACCCUUAAAUGCCACCGUUCAGGUCGACAAGAACCAAGGUCUCCUGCCCUACGAAGCCGCAGAACGCGACCUGGCGUCCGGCACGCCGCCGCCGCGCCCCCCGAAGCCAAGCCACCUCUCCGAGCGGCGCCACAUUGGGAGGCCCGAGAGCACUGCGGCACCGAGAAGGGUCUCUCUCUCCGGCUUAGAUAACGUGAGCACCUGGAAAGCUGACGUAGAAGGCCAGUCGUUAAGGCACCGAGACAAGCGGCUUAGUUUAAACUUGCCGUGUGGCUUCUCCCCCGUGUGCCCCACGGCUCCAGUUGGGGCCGAGGACAGCUACGUGCCCAUGGGCCCCCAGGCGGCCGGCUCCAGUCUUCAAACCCCCUGCGGCCACGAUGACUACAUCCCGAUGAGCCCAGGAAGCCUCUCGAGCCCACUGCCAGAGCUGCCGGUGGACCUGGAGCCUCCCCCAGUAAACAGAGAUCUCAAGCCUCAGAGGAAACCACGGCCUCCUCCCCUGGACCUGAGAAACCUCUCCACCAUCCGGGAACACACGUGUGUAACCAGGACCUGCACCGUCCCUUGCAAUCGAACCAGAUUUCUCUCUCCAGAAAGAAACGGUAUUAAUUCUGCAAGAUUUUUUGCCAAUUCCGUUUCCAGAGAAGAGGAAGAAAGCUACAUCCACAUGGAAAAUCACAGAGCGGCACACUCACUGAGCGGCGGCGCCCUGACGUGGGCGAGGAAAUCCAGCCUGGAUUAUCUGGCUCUGGACUUCAACUCGGCAUCGCCGGCGCCUGCCCAGCAGAAGCUUCUUGUCUCGGAAGAGCACAGGGUCGACUACGUGCAGGUGGACGAGCGGAAGACCCAGGCCCUCCGGAGCACGAGGCAGGAGUGGACGGACGAGCGGCAGUCCAAAGUGUGAGGCACAGGCUGGGCCGUGAGCGGGCGGGCAAGCUCAGCGCGGGCGCGGAGCUGCUUUGCCAGAAUUGCAGCGAUGGGUGAAGCCAGUCAAGAGCCAGAGAGAAGCUGUGAUUGCCGUGAGCUUGCCAAGAAGCUUUGGGAGAGAGGAUAGAUUUGUACCCACCAAAGGGGGACAAGGGGGUAAUCUUCCAGCACCCACGCCUAUCCCUGCCCAUCCAGGCGGUGGCCUUCCCCGGCUACGCUGGCCCGCGGCCUCUGGGAUGCCUGCAGAUGUAAGACGCA